UUUCUCCCUAAAAACAAAUUUCCAUUAUAUUUCCAGAAAUUAAUAAAAAAAUGAACGUUAAAAAAACAGUUCUCACAAAUGAUUUUUUAAGGUUUAUUUACUAAAAAAGUUCACAAUAAAAAAAAAGAGUAUUUGUACUCUCUACACACAACUUCCUUUCUAUUUGCACUUCAUACUCUAUUUUCCUUCAAUUUUUUUCUCCCUAUCACUACCAUUUUCCCUCAAUUCAAUGGUAUCCCAUUCUUUUCAGUAUAUUGAGCUAAUUUGCUCUAAAAAAAAUGAUCAAAAAAAGUCUCAUUAAAGAGGUAAAAAACUAUUCUAUCAUUGUUUUAUAGAUACUUGAAUGUACAUAAUUAUUUUAAUAAAUAAUAAAAAUAAAAUAAAUAUUUUUUUCUUAUUUUUCCGAAUAAUUCAUUUUUGAAUUCGAAUUUUUUUAUUUUUGACGGUAUUUGCACAAUCACCGGUCUUUGUCCUCUUUAGUUCUUGUAUAAUAUUCUUACAUUUUUUCAUCUUAUUAAAAGGAUCCGCUACACUUUAGAUGGUUGAGAGCGUGCACCACUAUAUUGUUUUCUUUUGUCUAUGUUACUGUCUAGAGUUUGAAACUCUGCUUCAUCUUCUUUGCUACGGAUUUCUCGAUCAAGAGAUGAUGUCGAGUCCAUCUGCUUCAAUGGAAACAAUAUGUCUGUGCACAAGUCCAAACCAAUUUCAAUUUUCAAUUUUCAAAUACAAAAACAAAGAGACUAGAGAAUGCCAAACAAGUUUCUAACUCAUAUCAAAAUAUAAACAAGUCAAAUAAGCUUCUUUUUAAAAGAUUAAACUUUUUUCAAAUAAAAAAAGAAGAAAAUAUCGACAUAGACUCGGACCAAGAAAAACUAAGAAAUAAGAAGAAGAACGUGCGAUUGAUUCCUUAGAAGCUCAGAUGGAGCCGAAUAGAGAGAGUCUAAACAAUUUAUAAAGGUCAGAUUGUAUAUUGCAGUCAUUAUGAGGUUAAAUCGAAGAAACCUUUUUGGAAAACUAGAGUUCUUUCGACACAGAUAAGAGGAAAAGCCAAGGUAGAAUCGAAGAGUCAGACAUAUGUAUAACAAGUUAUGUGUUGUCAUUAAACUCAGUUAUGUCCGGGUUUUGAAUCAGAUAACAGAAUAUACCCGACCCGACCUCCGAACUGUUGGUUUAUUAAAACCUAGUCGGAUUUUCUCUUACAUCCAUGACCGGUCCGAAACCGGUAAUUUGGUUCGGUUAGAGGUUCGGAUUUCGGUAUAAGUUAAAAACGUCCAAACCUAGCAAAGACUCAUAAAAUUUUAAAAUUUUGUCUUAAAUAGAAAAUCCACAAAAAAUUAAUAUUAUUAAAUGAAAUCUGAAAGAGUUGAAAAGUUCUAUUAAGUUUUUUUUUCGUAUGUAAAAAAGAAUGUUUUUAAAAAUUCAUUUAGAAUGGAUAUAAAUAUUAUUGUGAUUCUGCAUUUAUUUCUAGUGGAAACUUAAUUUACGGUGACAUUAUGACGCCCAUUAGGUUGUUGACACUAAUGUUUAAACUAUGUCUGCUGUAAAAGUUUGGUUUGAUGCAUCAUGCACUGGUUUGCAUAGCUUAUAUGAAUUGACUCUGUUUCUCUAUUACCAAAAAGAACACACAAGUACACAACAUAGGGAAACGAGAAAGAAAAAAAAAACACAAUGUCGACUCUUCUAUUUCUCUUCUUGGUUCUAUUCAUCCCCAUUUUCUUCUUAUUAUACACCAAGAAGAUCAAUAACAUGAAAGAUAAUCUUCCUCCAGGCCCAACAAAGCUUCCAGUCAUCGGAAACCUACAUCAGCUCCAAGGGUUGCUUCACAGAUGCCUUCACGAUCUCUCGAAGAAACACGGACCCGUGUUGUUUUUGCGUCAAGGUUUUGUCCAAAUGGUGGUUCUCUCAUCGAGUGAAGCAGCUGAAGAAGCUCUUAAAACUCAUGACCUUGAGUGUUGUAACAGACCUAUGACCAUUGCCUUAUUAAAGUUCUCUCGCAAUGGUAAAGACAUAGCCUUUGCGCCAUAUGAGGUUUCUAGAGAGUUACGCAAGCUUUCCAUCCUCAACUUUUUAAGCGCGAAAAAGGUUCGAUCUUUUAGGUAUAUAAGAGAGGAAGAAACUGACUUGAUGAUCAAGAAACUGAAGGAAUCGGCUCAGAAGAAAUCUCCCGUGGAUUUGAGCAAAACCCUUUUUCACCUAUCUGCAAGUAUUGUAUUCAGAGCCGCCUUUGGACAGAGUUUCUUGGAAAACAAGCAUAUCAAUAAGGAAGAGAUUGAAGAAUUGAUGUAUGAAGCUCAGAGGAUAAAUUCUUACAAAUUCUCAGAUCUUUUCCCCAUCGCUGGUGUUGGAUGGUUUAUAGACUUUGUGUCUGGACAACACAAGAGAUUUCACAACGUUUUCAGCAAAAUUGAUACUUUUCUUAAUCUUAUAGUUAAUGAUCAUCAUCAACUGAAGAGCCAAACUCAAGAUCGUCCUGAUAUAGUCGACUCACUCUUACAUAUGAUACAUAAACAAGAACAAGAUGAAUCUUUCAAGCUCACCAUUGAUCAUCUCAAAGGAAUCAUCUCAAAUAUAUAUAUAGCUGGAGUAGACUCAAACGCCAUCAUCAUGAUUUGGGCAAUGGCAGAGCUCGUUAGAAAUCCUAGAGUCAUGAAAAAAGCUCAAGAAGAGAUACGGACUUGCAUUGGAAUCAACUCAAAGGAGAAACUCGUGGAAGAAGAUCUUGAUAAGCUUCAGUACUCGUGGAAGAAGAACAAGGAAGAUGUGGACAUGGAAGAAGCUGGGUAUGUCACUACUGUUAAGAAAGUUCCACUUGAGCUUGUUCCGAGUCCGAUCUUCGCCAUUGGUGGGGUAAUAGAAUCUUGAGAAAUGAGCAAAUCUUUAGCUGUGUAAUGGUUAAUGUUACUAUUUAAUAGGUACUAACCUGCUAUGUGCAUGGUGAUAAUAACUGUACAUUUGUUUUUCUGCAAUUAAAUAGUUGAGUGGUGAAUAAAUGCAGUACUAUCUGCAUUGUUAGUGACUCAUGUAAUCUGAAUUUGCUUUGCAUAUUCAUUCAAAGCCAUAAUCUCUCACAAUUC